CCAGCAGCCGGCCUUCCCUCCGGAGCCAAUCCGCUUUCCCUCCGCCCCCUUUGGCGGAGCGAGCAGGAGGCGUCGCGCCGGCCUGUGCAGGGAGGCGCCCGGGCCGGCCUUUGGGGAGGACGCGUCUGGCGCGGGCAGGAGCGCGCACCGGCCUGGCUCUCCCUGCAAAGACGGCCAUGAAGAAGCUCUGCCUGGGCACGGUCGGCGUGCUGGCCGUGGCCCUCCUGAUCGCCAGCAUCGCCUUGCUAGCGGCUCGGGUCUUGGAGAAAGCCGUGGAUCGCCAGGUGCAAGAGGAAAUGAUUUUGAGGAAUGGUUCUGACACUUUAAAAGUAUGGGAGGAACCUCCACCGCCCGUGUACAUGCAGUUCUUUUUUUUUAACGUGUCCAAUCCUGAAGAAAUUCUCAAUGGUGAGACUCCCUGGGUGACAGAAAUUGGACCGUACACCUACAGGGAAGAGAGACCCAGAGUGAAUGUUCACAUUUUAGACAAUGGCACAAGAAUAUCUUUUCUCAGCCCCAAGACUUAUAUCUUCAUCCCAGAGAAGUCAGUGGGAAACUCGGAAGUUGAUCUGAUCCGGACUGUAAACUUGCCUGCAGUGGUUGCAAUGGAAAUGACUACAACAACUGGCAUGCAUCUUCCUGUAGAGUUUCUGCUCCUCCUGUACAAAGAAGAGAUGUUCUCGAUACACACUGUCCACGAAUGGCUAUGGGGCUACAAAGACAAAUUCCUCCAUGCUAUGCACAAAAUAAAUCCUACUGUUGAUGAAGAAUUUGGCUUUUUUAGUAAGAUGAACGGGACGGACGACGGAGAAUACGUUGUUCUAAGUGGAGAACAGAGCUAUAAGAACUUCACAAGGAUUGUUGAAUGGAGAGGAAAAGAGAAAUUAGACUGGUGGACGUCACCAACAAGUAAUAUGAUAAACGGAACUGAUGGCUCUUCUUUUCACCCACUGUUAGACCCAGAGGAAUCGAUCUAUAUUUUUGCCUCAGACUUCUGCAGGUCUCUGGAACUCAUCCAUGAGACGUAUGUUACAGUUAAGGGAAUCCCAGCCUAUCGGUAUGUGCCUCCUGAAUCCUUCUAUACUUCUGGCGCGAUUAAUAAAAACAACGCUGGGUUUUGCGUUCCGGCAGGAAAUUGCCCUGGGACAGGGCUCUUGAACGUCAGCACCUGCAGGCAAGGUGCACCAAUAUUAAUAUCAUCUCCACACUUCUACCAGUCAGAUGAGAAGUAUAUCAAAGACAUUAAUGGCAUGUAUCCAAGUAAAGAGGACCACCAGACAUUUCUGGACAUAAAUCCUAUGACUGGAAUUCUGGUGCGUGCGUGCAAACGCUUGCAGGUCAACAUUUACGUCCGAAGUUUCCAAGAUUUUAUACAAACAGGCAGCAUCAAGACACUGGUUUUCCCUGUGCUGUAUUUAAAUGAGAGCGUGUUGCUGGAUGACGACUCUGCGGAGAAACUGAAAGCCGCUAUGUUUGAAUCGUCUUUGCUAACCAGCAUCCCCUAUGUCAUCAUGGUCUUGGGAGUUGUUUUUGGAAUCGUGUUUGUUGUACUCGUCUGCAGGCCCCUCCGGCCGAAGGAAGAGGGUUCAGCAGACGAGAGAGCGCCCCUCAUCAGGACUUCCUGACUCCCUUUCCUCUACCCCUUCUCACCGAUGAACUAUGCAAGCUGCUCUUAACAGUCACCGUGACACAGUGCUCUUCACUGUCCGUGCGUCUGCUCGAAAAACAAAAACCCCUCCCAAAAAACCGCUACACUAAUAUAAUGUUAACGCUCUGCCUUUUAAAAGUUUUGGAAUUCAGGGCAGUUGGGCUGAUGUGUUGAGCGUGGGAGUUUCCAUGUCACUGUUUUUUAAAAAGACUGGGUUAAAGAGGACUUCUCUGUUAAGAGUUUAGAAUUUGUAAGGGGGGGCAGUCAGCAAUUCCACUGGUGCAGCCCCAUUGACUUUCUCAAGGCACUAGCAGUCUAGGUGGCUAGGCAUUACAGCCUUCAAUAGCAGGCCAGAGGAGGCUGUUCUAACUAUCAUGACCCCUUUUUUUAUUUAUUGGAUUAACACAAUGCAACUUCCUUUUCCUUGGAAUCUGACUGCUUAUUGACAGGGCAUCCUGCUGUAUCUAUUCUCUUUACCCUUGUAUGUUCAGGUGUUCCUCUGGGUGCGAUACAUUCAGAGCUCAAUCUUGACCAGAAGAAAGGUACUGAGUUCCAGGGAACAGUGGAAUGUCUGUUAGACUAGCUAAAUCCUACAAGGCACCGGGAUAUCUCCAGUUCUGAAGAUGCCGUAGACUUCAGAAUAGACCCAAUAACACUGUUGUGUCUUUGCACUUUGUACCCACUGGAUGACUUUGGGAACACUUGCCAAACCUUCUAUGGAUGCAUAACGUGUAAAAGAUCGGGAGGCAUGAGUCUGAAAAGCUUCCUUUGCCCAGAGUAGUAGAACUGGAAAUAAGCAGAUCCUGAAUUCAACCACCGGUUUUUUAAAAGGACGCUUAGGAUGCCAGAUAACGCUACUGAGAAUGCCAGUUCAGGUGGAACCUUUCGUGGGAACGUGUUCUAAAAACCAGUCUCGGUACGGAAAAUGUUGCUGCAGUUCUAGCCCUCGGCCACUUUGGUAAGAAAUAUUAAGUAUGUACAUUUGAACGUGCGUCUGUAAAUAACUUCAGUAACAUACUGUCUUUCCAUGGGAUUCAACCUGCAAGCACUUGCCCUCCCAUGAUCUUUGGCAUCUUCCUUUUGGCCUUAUUGGCGAAUCAGGCCUCUUCCACACAUGCAAAAUAAUUACCGCAUUUUUCAAACCCGGCUUUCUGGCUUUGUUUGCAAGUGGAUUUUUCCAUUCCGCACAGCUUCAAAGAGCACUGAAAGCAGUUUGUAAGUGCAUUAUUCUGCAUGUGCGGAAUGAGCCUCAGUCUAUUUCACCACACCUAACAGUUAGGGGCUGGGGCUAUAACUCAGGAGUGGAGCAUCUCUUUUGCACGCAGAAACCUUCAUGUUCAACCUGUGACACCUUCGAUUAAAAGAACUUGGAUAACAGGUGUUAGGAAAGACCUUUCUCUACCUGGGACCCUUGAGAGCCCACUGCCAGUCAGCGGAAACCACACUGAGUUUCAUGAGCCAGUGGUCUCGCUCUCCAUAAAGGCUCAUUUCAGUUUGUGGCUACAUCCUCAAAACAAACUUCUUGGAGGCGUUAUCGACUGUGCACCUAGCUUUUAAAAACAUGUUGCCAAGCAUUUAUCAGUAAACUUGAGGCAUUAAACCAGUUAUCAGUGGCAUUUUCAGCUUAAAACUGGUUUUGGAUUUACAGUAUCACAAAAUAUCUGGGCUGGGGCAGGGAGGGGGUUUUAUUGGCAUAAUGUGUAUUUUUGUAGGUUCAGAGUGGCAGAGCAUCAUUUGAAACCAUGGAUUGCAGUAUUACUGUGAGGAAAGGUGUCUCCGUGGUAUGUCAUUGGCGCAAAACGCCUUUUAAAUAUUAUGCUAUGUUAUAGUACCUUUUGAAAUUACUUCCCACAAGGAGAUAAUCAUGUAGUAAAUUUUCUAGAUGUCAAACUUGCGGCCCUCCAGAUGUUAUGGACUGCAGUUCCCAUCAUCC